AUUUCAAGAAGACACGGAAGGGGCGGGGUGUCACUAAACAGCAGAUUGCAUCGCGGAGAAAGCGGCUACGAGGGAAUUAAAAAAAAGCAUAGCUUCACUGGAGAGAUUGGCAGUUCAGUACCGGGAAGGUGAGAUCAUCUCCCGCAAGGCACGAUGUCCGAUAGAAAAGCUGUGAUUAAAAAUGCUGACAUGUCUGAAGAUAUGCAGCAGGAUGCGGUGGACUGUGCAACUCAGGCGAUGGAGAAAUACAACAUCGAAAAGGACAUCGCUGCCUUCAUCAAAAAGGAAUUCGACAAGAAGUACAAUCCUACCUGGCACUGCAUAGUUGGCAGAAACUUUGGUAGUUAUGUCACACAUGAAACAAAACACUUCAUCUACUUUUACCUGGGUCAGGUUGCGAUUCUUCUAUUCAAGUCUGGCUAAAAAGAGAAAGGGGAAUAAAAAUGAACUUGUGCACUGACGGCUGGAGCCACAGUCCCUUUAAUGGCUAAACGGCUGCAUGGACUUUAUCUUCUGUGUAUAUGUAGCAGUAAACUUGCUUUAAUGCCCAAAAUGGCUUUUUCUUUCUUUUCAUUGCACUGAAAUGGUUAACAGUGGCCUUUGAAUAUUUAGGAAAAAAACCUGGGAUGGUUCUACCUGAAGACCUGGAUUAUUAGACUUCUAUAGAAGCAUUUAAUUUAAUUUCAUUCAGAAAUACAUUUCAUUUUUCUUCCCUUCUCCUUCCCAACACCCCAUUUCCCCACCCCCCCACCAAAUCUAACCCCAUCCCACAUCAAAUUCUUACUAUUUCGAAGAGUGCAGAUGUUGGGUUUAAGAUACUUAUUGCCAUUUUUUUAAAGCUGUUUCUGAUAGCAGGAGAUUGCUAUUGCAGUGAAUUGUAUUGGCAACGUUUUUUGAUUACAAAAGAUUAUUGGGUUUUGAUUCUCCCCUGUUCUGUGGCUAAGUAAGGUUUUUUAAUUUAAAAAGAAAUCCGCUACAUAGAAACAUGAAAUGGCUGGCCUGCCAGAAAUGUCGAGAAUGGUUUGGUUGCACCUUAAACAGGACGAAACAAUCAAUUUGUUUUUCCUUGUGCUGUAAUCUGCCAAAUGUGGAGAAACCUUAAAAUUUGUAAGAUCACUGUCAAGUUUGCAACAGUCAAAAGUUGCUCUAAAAUGUACAGGAGCUACUAGGCAAUUUGUACAUUAUCCUAACUUUUCUGUUUGCAUGUUGAGGAAGAUUUUCACCAAACUGUUUGUGGUGUGUUUUGUCCAUUCAUAAUCUAUUGCCCGCCCCUACUCAACCCUGGCUCAUUAGAAGGUUUCAAACUGAUCUUUGAUAUAAGCAAACUAAUUAAAAAUAAAUGCAAGGUGCUUAUAUUGAUUUAGUCUUCCCAAGUGACAUCUAAGAAAUUUAAAAUGAGGAAAUUUUGACUUCCCUCCCCUCUCCCCCUCCCCCCUCCCCCCCGAUGUGUAUUUGUAUGUACAUAGCUUGUGAUUAAAGCAUGAAAAAGCUUCAAUCCUGGUUCAUGUGUCUAAGCUAAUUUAAUGUAUUUGCCAAUAAAUGGAAAGUGUCAGACCUCUGUCAGUUAUGGAAGUUGUCUUGUCUCUUUUGUAGCUUCUGAUCCAAUGUAACAAUUUCCAUUCUUGACCAUAGUGGCUAUCUUGGAGUACGUACUCAGAUUUUGCUAGUGUGAUUUCCCCCCCACUUAUUAAAAGGGACUGUACACUAUCUUUUGGGGGCAACUGCAGUCCUUAAAAAGCUUUUUUUGCAGCAACUUACUUAGCUCUAGACUAGAGGUAAUUAUAUGCAAGGCAUUAACACUAUCAGCUUGUUACCCCACCCCCCCAACUGUCUUCAAUCACUUGUGAGCUUGCCACUUAAUGAAUGUCCACCCUAAGUGAUGAAAUGACAUUGGGUAGGUAACUUGCAUAUGUAUUCAAGUAGUUAAAAAUCAGAUUCAUCGUUAAAGUAAGAAAUUUACGAGUUGGGAUUGUUUGUCUUGAAGAAUAGUGAGGAGAUUAGUGUUCCUGUGCACCUAUUUUACAUUGUAGAGGGUAUGGAAGGUAUUGUCAAACACGUGGCGCAUGUUUAUUCCUCUGCUUUGUAUUUGUUCAACCCAUGAAAGACAAUGAUAUUCCAAGGAGCAUUAAACCUCUAUGGUUGAGCUUAGUUUCCAUAGGAUUAGUUGCAUAAAGAAGCUGCAUAACAUAAUUUAUCUGUAUUCUGACAUUGUUUAGGUUGUUUGAUUUGUUCUAUUAACACUUGUGUAGAUCAGGGAGAGUAAUGGAUUUUAACUUAAACCCUGUGGAACUCUCUUAGCUUCUGAUUCACCCCCUGCCCCCCAUGCAUAAGUUCAUUUAAGAUGUUUUCUCAAAUUUCAACAUGUGUGUAUUUCAAAGCCAUCUGUAUAAAGAAAAUCAUUACAGACCAAUAAAUGUUCAGUAA